AUGAAUAAGGAAUCGUUAAUAGCUGAAAAUGGAAGCUUUGAUGGGUCAUCGUGGAAUUGGGCCUUGGUUUGGCGUCGACCUUUAUUAUUGCAAAGGGAAAUUGAUCUUGCUCAUGAACUACAGGCGAUGAUUGAGCUUGUCCAACCUAAGGUGCACAUGGAGGAUUUGUGGUUAUGGAAGUGUGACUCAUCGAAAGCAUUCACAGUGCGGUCGGCAUAUGAUUUUGUGUACUCUUUCUAUAAUAUAGGUGAGGUGGUGGAUGAGGUUGUAAUGCUGGCAUUGCGGCGUAUAUGGAAAACCAAGGCACCGCGUAAGAGUAUGGUUUUUGCUUGGCAAUUAUUACUCCGGUCAUUGCCUGUGCGUCAAGCUUUAGUGCGGCGGGGAGUGUUGCUUAUUCACGAGGAUUGUGUGUUUUGUAAUAACAGGGAGGAGGAUGUGACACACUUGUUUCUACAUUGUGAUGUUGCUAGCUCAGUUUGGUAUUCAUUAUGUCGGUGGUUGGGUUUUUCAUCAUGUUUAUCAGAUUCUGUGGAAGGCCAAUUGUUGACUAUGAGUGGUUUUGUUGCUGGGAAAAAACCUGCUCGUGUUGUUGUGACUAUUUGGGUUGCAACUGUGUGGAGUUUGUGGCUACACCGAAAUAAAAUAGUGUUCAAUAAUGGAGUGUGUGAUGUACUUGAAGUAGUUGAAUCUGUUAAAUAUAGAUCAUGGAAGUGGUUAACAGCAGGGAUGAAUCAUGGAAACAUUCCAUUUGUAAAUUGGCUUAAUGAGCCAUACCAUUAUUUUUCAAGUUUCUUGUAA